AUAUGGCGGAUUAAAACAUCUUCAACUGUCUUCAACAUUUGCGAUGCAAUUUUGGAAACAAGGUUACUCUGUUGCUAGUAUAGAUUCUUUUAGUGAGUUAGCUAGCUGCAAACAAUGUUUUGCCGAUGAUAAAGUUUGUGUUGUUGGUUUAUUUGGAAAUGGUCGAUCAGGAGUGCAAGGCAAAGCAUUUUAUGCUAAUUCAGCAGUUGAACGAAAUGUCUUUCAGGGAGAAAAUUUUUUCAAGAUGACAAACUUACAGUCGUGUGAAAUUGAAAUUUUUCAUGAUGUGGAACAAAGGACAUUGUAUUUACAUCUUGUAACAAUACAUGAUGGGGCAAUGUUGAAUAAACUAUGCAAUAUACUGCAUCAAAAUAUACCAUUUAGUGAAACACACAAAGUUUGGCAACAUCAUGAAUAUCAAUAUGCUAAAGCAUUGUUGUUCAUGUUUUCUGUUUGCCACAUCAUGGUGUUGAUGCAUCCAACUCAGACAUUUGACGUUACCUACAUCAGAUUGUUUAAACUAAUUGCUAAUACAAGGCAAUUGUUGAUAACAAUACUAAGCCAAGAGCUGAGCUGUGUUGAAGAAAUUCAUGAUAUAUGGAAACAAACAGGACGACCAUGCAUACCUAGACUCUUACUGUCCUUUCAACAGAACACAAACUCGAAGCUGUCAUGCAGAAAUCUUGAAGAGAUGGGGUCAAAUCCAGAUUCUUAUGCUAGCCGUACAAAGAUUAAGUCUCAGGCUUCGACUAAAAGCCCUCUGAUCAAUCUUCAACAUGCUUUGGAAGACCAAGUGUACAGUAUCAUGAGAAAAAGUCGGUUGCUGGGAAGCCUAAGCUCAAGUUCUUUAUUUACUGUCACCUCAAGUCAUAAUUUCGUGCACGUCCAAGCAACAGAAAUCUCUCGCUCCGCAGACACCUUGAAUAUUUUGCUUAAAAAGUUGCCGUUUCCAGAUUUGCCAGAAAGUCUAAGUUCUGGCCAUUUUUGCAAACGCAAUUCCGACUUAACAGAAACGAACGCCGACUCCGGUCACGUGAUCUUCCGAGAUUUCUUGAGGGAACAAAUUGAUAACCUUAUGACCGGUGAUGGCCGUGAUGGUUUGGCGGAAGGACGUCGAGGCACUCACGUUGAGGUUCCUACGAUCAGGCAGUGGGCAAAGGUGUGUGUAGCCGUGUUUGGAUAUCUUAUGAGCGAACGUAGUGACGAGAACAGCCAUCUUAUGUCUCUAGCCGCCAACUUGGAUCUUGAGAUGAAAUUUUCGGAAGCGCGUUGUCGUAAAGUUUUGCCACUAGCCACAAGUGCGUACCAUGAUAAACUACCCUCUCACUAUACAGAAAGUGUUCAUAUCAGUCAGCUAAACCAAGCACUUCACGUGUUUGCAUUGAACGCCCGAGGUCCUGCGUAUGAAAAAUAUGUGCUCCAGCUACAAGAUGAUUGCAACAAGAUGUGGUUGAAUGGAAGGCAGCUGUGUGAAGUUCGCAGUCUCAAAGGUCGACAUUGCAUUUAUCCGUUCCACAUCGUCCCUGGACAACAGAUUGUCGACAGUCCUUUCAUUGAUAAGAGUAAUAUAUCUUGUAAGCCACACUCCAGUCGUAUCACAAGUGUCUGUGCUUGUAAUUGUGGAAAAAUGCAGGCUCAGCGGGAGGACCCCUUUGAUUUGAAGGCAGCUAACUACGAUUUCUUUCAAGCAAUGGAGGAGAAAUGCUGCUCUACAUUACCUCAUUUCUCUUUCCCCUGUCAUCCACCAAAACCAGUAGAAUCCCAAGGUGUUCCUCAAACGCCUUCAUCAUCGAAGUUAACGUCCUUGUCAUCUCAAAAAACAACACAUGCAACGAGCACAGUACGGUUGAAUAAAGACGCUAAAGAGUUUGUAUCCAAUCUUGCAAAGAUAAAGGAUAUAGGUAGCCUUACACCUGGAUUCUUAAAUAAUGGAGCUGCCACGGCUGCUUCUGAUGCCACACAUGCAACGGUUAUUUCAAAUCUUACGGAUGUGCCAGGUCCUGUUGCUGAAUUUCAUCCUCCUAACUCCACGAGUACCCAAAAUACAUUAACUUCGAAUGCCGAAACUGUGUCGAAUUCGUCAGGCAUCACGAGUCCACCAAUCAAUAUUAAUUUGUCUAGCAAUCCAAAUUUUCCAUCCGGCUCAUUGUUGAGUGAAAGUUUCCCGUCAUUGUCUGGACUUGAGUCAAACUAUCAUAAAAGCACCACGUCUUCGGGAUAUCAUGGCAACAGCUCUCCUGCGGCCAUUGAUCGGAUGAGCAGUGACACGAAUGAACCUGAAGAGAACAGGUUAACUAGACAAAAUUCUUUAAUUGAAUCUACUGAUCAUUUGGAAUGUAUGCUCAGCAACGAGCUCACUGGCACUAGAUUGCCAUUAUAUAGUAGCUGGUCUCUUUGUCGUCUUGGAAACGCCAGUAGCUAUCAAGUGUCGAAAGGUCUUGAGCAGCCGGGAUUUUUUCCUGGUAGUAAUUUUCUCUUGCCAUGGGACAUUCCGCUGUUAAACGAGAACCAAACGGGACUUAGUAGCUUUAUUGAUGGAAAUGUUAAACACCCGGGAGUAAAGACUGCCGGUGUUGAUGCGUGGCCUGCACCCAAUGAAUUGCUAAAUGCAAACAGCAGUACUGGCCUGCCUCUUUACCAGACCCUCGCUUAUGCAUCUCGGCAGUGUACAGACUAUAAAGUCAAUCCGUUGCCCAUAUGCCUUCCUUCACAAAUCACCACGAAGAGCAAUGUUGCUAAAGCGCAGCGACGUCAAUUUCCCACCGUGAGAGCAUACAUUGGAAAUGAAUACGAGUGUGCUCGUGGCCAUAGAUUCAUUUGCUCUGCUGAAGAUAAAAUGGUAAAGGCCAACAGUUCUGGUGUCGUAAAGGAAAGUGGAAUACGGUUAGUCGAUUCAGACAUGCCAUUAUAUUUUCCGUGCCCAUGUCGUACAACGAAACCGUUCCUUGCUCAAUUGACAAGACUUUUCAUCGUGACGCCUGAGUCACCCAUACUAGUCACUCUCAAUCCACGCGUACAACCUGCUCCUUCACCGUGUCCAAUCUUUUAUACGGGUGUAAAUUCAGUUAUUACCCUACCGCCUGCUAGUUUGUGCGUUCUUCGUUUACCUUUCGUGUAUGUCGGGUUACAAGGACCCAUCUCGCAUCCUGCUGAUAAUCAACCUCUGAUGAAUUCGCGUCUACUCCGAGGGACGUAUGGUGUUAUGGCCACAGAGCGAAUAUUGGAAAAAAGGACACCUGGGGAUAGUUGAGUUUUUGGAUGCUUAAUCCGGGUUACCUAUGGUGUUAUCGCCAGCUGAGAUAUGCUGGUAGAAAAAGGACAUGGGGUUGAGUUCUUAACUCAGAAUUUUUUAGAUGGCACUUGUUGGAUGACUUCCUUUGGUGGACCAGAUGUAACACUUGGAUUGAAAGCUUUAGUGACCUUCGUUCGUGUAGAUAAAAUACACCACACAUGCAAUGAGCAAGCAUAUUCGAUCUCUAUUAUUUUGCUUACCAUGAAUUCCAACAUACAUAAUGUGCAUUAGGAAAUCCAUGGUUAGAUAUGUCAUAAUCGACCUUUGUAUCUGAUCGUCUGCUUACACAUCACAAACAUGAUGCAUAAAUAACGAUGAACUUAUGUCACUCAUUGUUAACCGAACGUACUACGAAGGCGUAAAUGUUCGGAUUAUUUCAACAUUAUCAACUUUGAAUAGUCAUCUUUAAGUUUAUAGUGAUAUACAUCCGUUUCCAUAACGCCUCAACGUUAUUUAUUAAGUGCCAAAAUUUGAAGUCAACAACAUCUCAACACUUCUAUGGCUAAGCGAACAACUUAAGGCUUCCUUUAUUUGAUAAGCAAUGUAAAUUUUGAUGUUUAUUAUUUGCGUAAUAACAUAAAACAAUGGUCAA